UCCUCUUGCAUUUUGUCAACGAAGGACAGCAGCAUGGGUCGCCGACCUGCUAGAUGUUACCGUUAUUGUAAAAACAAGCCUUACCCAAAAUCCCGGUUCUGCCGUGGUGUUCCCGAUCCAAAAAUCAGGAUUUAUGAUUUGGGUCGUAAGAAAGCUGGAGUUGAUGAUUUUCCCCUCUGUGUUCACAUGGUCUCUGAUGAGUAUGAACAGUUGUCUGGAGAGGCAUUAGAGGCAGCUCGUAUCUGUGCCAACAAGUACAUGGUGAAAAAUGUUGGCAAGGAUUCCUUCCAUAUUCGAAUUCGUCUGCAUCCAUUCCAUGUGCUUCGUAUCAACAAAAUGUUGUCAUGUGCUGGGGCUGAUAGGCUCCAGACUGGAAUGCGAGGUGCAUUUGGUAAACCUCUUGGAACUGUUGCACGAGUGAACAUCGGUCAAACAAUUUUGUCAAUUCGAUCCAAGCCUCAGCACAAGGCAGCUUGUAUAGAGGCUUUUCGACGUGCUAAGAUGAAGUUUCCUGGACGACAAAAGAUUUUUGUGUCUAAAAAAUGGGGUUUCACCAAGUUUGACAAGGCAGAAUAUGAGAAAGGUCGUUCUGACGGGUCAAUCAUACCAUCUGGUGUUCAUGCCCAAUACAUUCCUAAUCAUGGUCCUUUGAUUGCUUGGAAGAAACGUGUUGCUGCUGCAAAUUGAGGCAAUUUGUUACAAUUUAUAAUAUUGUGUGACAAUAAAAAUCAAUUACACAUGGCCAA